GUACGGGGUACAGCUACAGCUACAGCUACUAUUGUUUAUCUGACCUUCUGCACAUGGCCAAAGCCAUAGCGCACCGGGGAAACGGCACAGCUGCCCUCUUGUUAUGCAAACUUCCCCUCUGCAGAACAUGGACCACCCAUGCGACCAAGUCCCUCCGUCGCCUGUUGGUCAAAGCAAGACCCCUCAGGUCUCUCUCGACCCCUUCUCGCCCCUCUUCCACCCCCUCAGGUACGCCGUCGGCUCUCCACUGAAGGCGGCCGGAAGCCGCUAUUCAGUAGCACGGAGGCAGAGAGACAGGAGGCAUCCAGGGAAGAGAGGGAACACCCCCUCUGUCAAAACAAGAGAGCACUGGCUUUUUGCCUCCGCUUUCUCCUGGCACCAGUCAAUUGCCAUGCCAACGGGUGGGUGGCUCACUGUCUCUAGCUGGGAGCUGCCUUUCAGUUUGUUUACAACCGGCGAUUCAGCAGUCGAGCAACCAAAGUUUGCCCCCCCAUACAAAGUCGCAAGUGUCUUGAAGCUAUCGCGGACUGCGCAUGACGGCCACUCAUCCAAGAGGGAAAAGUGUCAGCUUGUCUUGGGUCGGAUGACCGAUCCUCUCUCCCUCUGCUCGCGACCAACCGACAGGGAUUCGCGUGUCUCACCCAUAAACAAACAACCAGUCCAAAGAGACGCCACGCAUCUCAUCGCUAGCCUCGUCGAUCAUGGUCUUCUGCUUUGGGGGACGAAGUAGAAGAAGAGGCACAGCGGCCAUGGUCCAUUGACGGGCAACAGUGCCGUAGCUCUCGCCGGGACACCAGGUUGGCC